AGAGGGUUCCAAUUCUGUAUAUUUUGCCAUUACAAUUCGCUCCUCCUCGGACCGGAGUCUAACUUUUCUAUAUACUUCACCCUCUCGACUUAUAUCGCCCGAUCUCUUUCUCGUAUUUUCUCGCCGAUUUUCGCUCCCGCCAAACAAUCCCCAAUCUCUCGCUCCGUAACUCCGAAAUCACUUGAUCGCUGUAGAUUCCUUCUCUCCCCUCACUGAUCUCUUUCGCACUUCUUCACUGAUCACGCUCUGCCAACGCGUACCAGCUUUGUUUAUGUUACACUUCUUUCAAUUGCUGCAACUUCUGGGUUAGUUGGCUUUCUGCAUGCAUAAAAUGUCAAUUGCAAAACUCAAAGCCCCAAAUGCUACUGAUGUGAUGAGGUCAGAGGAGGGAAAUGAUUCCCUAGACACUUUUAUCAGACAAGCGGUUGGAAAGGAGCCUUUUAUUUCUUUCUCAAGGGCUGGAGACAGCCAAGUCCAGUGGGUCCAAUUGCUCAAUGCCUUAGAUCAGCAAGAGUUACCAGGUUGGCCUUUGCUUACUCCUUUGAAGAUUCAGACGCAGAAGUGUGACAAGUGUUCUCGUGAAUUUUGUUCGCCAAUUAACUAUAGGAGACAUAUACGUGUGCAACAUCGAUUGAAAAAGCUUGAUAAGGAUUCUGCCAAAAAUAGGGGUCUAUUGAGAGCAUUUUGGGAUAAGCUUUCUUUGGACGAGGAAAAGGAAAUUGUAUCUUUUAAGAAUGUGGCAUUGGAGGAAGUUCAUGGGUCUUCUAUUAUUAAGUCGUUAACAACACUGAUAAGGAAACCAGGAUUCUCUUCUCUGCCACAAGUUUGUUUGAGAGCCGGUUCUUCUAUUUUGGAUAUUAUCCAAGCGAGACCUUCCAGGUUUCCAUUGACUUCACAGGAGCUAUUCAGUAUACUUGAUGAUGCUAGUGAAAAUACUUUUUUAUGUGGGACUGCUGUGUUAAUGCAAAGAUAUAUUUUUGAUGGAGAAGCUGGAAAGAUUGCUCUUGAACCAAAGAACUUAGUUGCAUGCACAAGCUUUUUGGUGGAACAGAAAUUGGUUAGGGCGUGGCUUGCUGACAAGGAUGCUGAAGCUUUGAGGUGCCAGAAAUUACUUGUGGAGGAGGAAGAAGCAGCUCAAAGAAGGCAAGCUGAGCUUUUGGAAAGGAAAAGGCGGAAAAAGCUUAGGCAGAAGGAACAGAAAACAAAGGAGCAAAAACUAGAGGAAAAUGAGGAUAAGGAGAGUAUUGACAAUACACAUGAAGCUGAGCCUCGAGCAGAAACAUGCAGCUCUUUGGCUGCAUCUGAUUCUGAUACGCAGAACCCAGAUUCAGUGCCAUAUAACAUUCCUUCUUCGCCUGAACUUUCCCCAAAUACAAACACAUAUGAGGAUAUUGAGCAUGAGACGGUUGGAUUUGAUAUCCUAGUUACUGGUCAGAACGUUGAACGACGGACAAGGCAAGGUGGUUUUCCUAGACAUAUGAUAUUAUCUCGUUGGCAGGUCCCACAAAAAUCUCGAUGGAGUCAUGUGCCCAAUGGUUUCCAUGCGAGUCAGAAAUCUCAUGCACAGAAGCUUGGGGCCAUGCAGAAGCAUGGAACUCAAAGGGAUUGGAGGGCUGCUUCAAUUUUCAGUGGAAAUAAAGUUUGGAGCCGAAAGCCUAAACCAGAAAAUGUAGGGGAAAGCUUGUCUAGAGUGCAAAAAGAAGUGGCAAAUAGGUCAGACCAGAAUGGGAACCAUGAACUGUUGAUUGGCUCCAUACCAGUCACCCUUGGAAAUUGUAGCCAUCACGAAGGUAACAGAGCUGCUGAAGUUUUAGAUGAUUGCCUUACAGAUGAUCAAAUGCAAAAGAAGAGCAAUGUUCAAGAGAAACCAGCUAAAUCGGAAUCUGCUCAAGUUAGCACAAAUAAGUCAAUUGUAAAGCUCUGGAGGCCUGUCAGCCGAAAUGGAACGAAAGGUGCCAUUCUAGUAGAAAAUCGUGGAAUAGAAUCUGAAGCAGAUACCCUUGCUGAAAAGGUUGAGAAUCAGUCACCGUCUGCCGUAGACUGUCUAAGAUCAAGUCCCAUGGAUGACAGUCAUGUUGAAGUAGGGAACGGUUCUGCCCCACGUGCAGCGGGUUUGUUUUCAGGAAGCUUGCAGUUCUCAAGCCAGGACGCAAAAGACUUUCUUGCAAAGAGGUGGAAGGAGGCUAUCGCAGCUGAUCAUGUGAAAUUGAUACUGCAUCCUGAUUUUGGGCCUUCAGGAUGUACUGAGGUUCAAAAUUAUUGUGAAGUAGCAGUGUCCGAAUCGUCAGAUAUUAACGGACACAGUGUUCUUGGCAAUGUAGAGAACGGAUUGAAUAAUGGUGGGGCUAUUGAUUCUUCUGGUGCAGGGCCUACAAAAGUCAAAUCCAGAACAAAGCCUGAAAAGAGCGUGAAGGUAAAGUAUAUUCCGAAACGGAGAAUCAUCGACCAAUAAGAAUGCAAUAAAGAUGGAUUGGUUUGAUUAUACAAUGUGCACAGUUUGACAGUCUAUUAUAUUCUCAGCAGAGGUUCCAGUUUUAUCCAGCGGGUCUUCUGUCAGAAAUAUGAAGAAAGGUUCUGCAGAUUUUAUUUUAUUUUUAAUUGAAGGUGUCAUAGAAGAUUGAUCAUUGAGGUGUAUUUGUCUUAGUUUUCUUAAUUCUAUGUAAUAGAAUUAGUUUGUCAGAUUUUCCCAAAGUCUAUUUUUAGGUCAUUCAUUUUCGGGGCCUGCUGUAAAGGACUUUUGAGGCAUCAAAAAAAAAUUUUGUUCUUUUUUUUUAUAAAAAUUAUAGAUGUGUUCGGCAGACGAA